AUGCUGGUAAUAUUUUCUAUCUAUCUAUCUAUCUAUCUAUCUAUCUAUCUAUCUAUCUAUCUAUCUAUCUAUCUAUCUAUCUAUCUAUCUAUCUAUCUAUCUAUCUAUCUAUCUAUCUAUCUAUCUGUUUGUUUUGUUUUACGGCAUAUCAAUCUCAGUUGGUUAUUUAAUUGCCGACAAAUUUUUAUUGCCUGUAAUAUCUAUCUAUCUAUCUAUCUAUCUAUCUAUCUAUCUAUCUAUCUAUCUUCCAUCAUGUCCUACGAGGAACACCAUGUCUUACGAGGAACACCAUGUCCUACGAGGAACACCAUGUCUUACGAGGAACACCAUGUCCUACGAAGAACACCAUGUCCUACGAGGAACACCAUGUCCUACGAACACGACCAAGCCCUACAAGAGCCUCCAUGUUCUACGAGUCCUACCAUCUCCUACCUAUGUACUACGAGGUACACCACGUCCUAA